GAAGCCGAAAGAAGAGCGUAAUACGCCUCUCCGCAAGCUCAACGAAACGGCAUUGCUUUUAUUUCUUUAAUAUCCUGUAUGUGCUUUUUCUCAUAUUCUAAUAUAUAUAUAUAUAUAUACUUCUCGUUUUGCGUGUCUGACGUGGCUGCGACUGAAGCACCGCUUCCAUCGCGACGUCAACACAUCUUUUCUUUAGUGCGCUCCCCGGUUGUGUUUUGGGGUUUUUGUCUGAAAGCCUGCACCAGGAAGAAUUCGCCGGGAGAUGAGUCGAAAGCUUCCUGUUGUGUCCUUUCCCUUUUUCUUCUCUCCGCCCCUGCAGUUGACCUCUCUCUCUAGGAAAGGCCAUUUUAGCUUUUUCUUUCCCCGCCACAUCGCAUUCUGCUGACUCGCACAGACACUGCUCACCCCUCGCACUCCGCAGCCCAUCUCCGAGGGCAAGCGGAACCGGGCUGGACAGGCUUCAGCAGCUGUCUUUCCCACGACUGAGCCGCUUGGAGGUACGACACCCGCUUUCCCAUAAAGGGGGGAAGUUGCCAGGACACGUGCUUGGUAACAGAAGCACAGACUUGAGCGUAUCCGUGUCUCAGGGCCGGGAUAGGGCACCCUAGCGGACCUUUAAAAAAAAAACCCGUGUACCGCCCAUCGUGGAUGUCCACUUCCGCCAACAGCACGGCGCCGUCGCACAAACGUUCCUAGAGAACUCAACCUCGCAAGUCCCAGUCCCCACGGUCUCGACGACUCUCGCUCCUUCUGGGGGCAUGAGUGGUUUUCCUUUUCCCAGCUGCACAUGUCCGGUCUACGGGCUGUGAUGCAGCACUGACUCGACCUGAAGAAGCUGCUAUCGGAUCUCGCGCUUGAACGCCAGGAUCAGCGGUACCUGCACGCCCUCGAGUCGCAGGCGCUUAGCCACCAGGCGACGGAGCAGCGGAUGGCGCUGGAGUACGAGCGGCGUGCCAUCAGCGUUGAGAAACGCCGGUGUGAGCAGCUCCGGGGAGAGGUGAGGCAACAAAGGGCCGCGGUGGAAGACCGCCAGAAACAACUGGUGGCUCAAGAAAAGAGCCAGGCAGCCGCGAGGCAAGCGUUGGGGGACAGCUGGGAGCGUUACCGCCUCGAGGCCGAAGAGAAACGGCGCUCUUCUUAUUAUUUGUAUGAGGGAUUCCCGUGUGUGUGUGUGUUGUGCAGCAGCGUUAUUUGCUGUUGUCCCCUACGGAGUCCACUUUUAAUGCGUUUUUUUUUUAAGUUCUUUCUUCAUGUUCUUUUUUGUUCUGCCCUUUUCCGUAUCCGCUUCUCGCUGUUCUCUCGAUGA